GUUAUUUUCACUGUGAUACUAUAAUCCAUUGUUAUCUUAAGAUACUUCUUUAGUCCUUUCAUAAUAAUAUUUUUCUUUAAACUUUCCUUAUGUUGUUACAUAAAUUAUAUUAGUAGUAUUACUGUUCUACAAGUGUCAAAUAUUUCCUUUUUAUUCUGCUUAACUAUUGGUCACUAUUGUUCUUUUGGCGUUUGAAAUGGCAGCUAUGGAGAAUCAUUUAUUUAACUUGAAGUUUGCAGUCAAAGAAUUAGAAAGAAACUCCAAGAAAUGCGAAAAAGAAGAAAAGGCUGAAAAAUUAAAAACAAAGAAAGCUAUACAAAAGGGUAAUAUGGAGGUUGCUCGCAUACAUGCUGAAAAUGCUAUAAGACAAAAGAGUCAAUCAUUGAACUAUUUACGUAUGAGUGCUAGAGUAGAUGCAGUUGCUUCAAGAGUUCAAGGAGCUCUAACCACUAGAAAGGUGACUCAAAGUAUGGGAGGUGUUGUAAAAGCAAUGGAUGCAGCAAUGAAAUCUAUGAAUCUUGAAAAAAUUUCUUCAUUGAUGGACAAAUUUGAAAACCAAUUUGAAGAUUUAGAUGUACAAAGUUCUUACAUGGAUAAUACCAUGUCUCAAAGUACUACUACUGCUGUGCCUCAAGGGGAUGUUGAAAAUUUGUUGCAGCAAGUUGCUGAUGAAGCUGGAUUGGAACUAAAAUUGGAACUUCCUACCAAUCCUCAAAGUAUCAGUUCUUUAUCUUCUACUACAACAGAACAAGAUGAGCUUACACAACGUUUAGCUCGUCUCAGACAAGCUGAAUAAAAGAACAAACCAACAACUAUAAUAUUGACUCAAAUUAUAAUUUUGAUUUAUAGUUCAACGCUUUAGGUCAAACCGUUGUAGAACUUACCAAAAGUUCUCAUAUUAUUUGUAUCCAUUAAAAAAAUUAAAUUUUCAUAAUAUAUGUUAUGAUGAUAACUAUACAUAUUAUGUUGUUUUAGAAUAACCAACAUUCUAAAUAUGCAAGAGAAAAGUCUAUUUGUUUCUUUUGGAUACAUACUGUCAUCUUAUUAUUAUAGUAUUAUAAUUUUUA